GCGGGGAGCUGAGGCAUGAGGAAGUGCCUCUUACAAGAGAACACUUCUGACACCAGAUGUGAGGGUCCUUUGCACCAGUCAAUUCACGACGGUCCUACACUGGGUGUUUUACGACGUAAGGCCGCACCGAUGCUACCCAGGAUCAGUGUACAGACCCCACAAGGAGCAUCCCUGGGCACAUGUGCAGCUGGGUCUGACGAGCCUGGCCCCGAGGGCUACACCUCCACCUCCUUGCUGGACCUCCUGCCCCCCACAGGCCUGGAGCCGCUGGACCCAGAGGAGCCCAGUGAGGCCGUGGGACUGGGAGCCGGCCUGGGAGGCCCUGGCUCGGGCUUCCCCAGUGAGGAGAGCGAGCAGUCCCGCAUUCUGCAGCCACCCCAGUACUUCUGGGAAGAGGAGGAGGAGCUGAACGACUCCAGCCUGGACCUGGGACCCACCGCAGACUACGUCUUUCCAGACUUGACGGAGAAGGCGGGUCCCGUAGAAGACACCAGCCAGGGUCAAGAGGUGCCGAGCCUGCCUUCCCCCUUGCCCAAGAUGAACCUGGUGGAGCCACCCUGGCAUACGGCUCCUGGAGAGGAGGAGGAGGAGGAUGAGGAUGAGGAGGAGGAGGAGGAAAGGGACAAGGAGGAGGCCGAGAAGGAGGAGGAAGAAGAGGAGGAGCUGCUGCCCGUGAACGGGUCCCAAGAAGCAGCCCAAACCCCGGUCCACGGCUUGUCCCCCACCAGCAGCAGCCAGGUGCAAGGGGUGGCCACACAUAGGCACGGGGAAUCCGGGGAACCCGCCUCCUCAGGUGUGGAGGUGGGGAGCAGCAUGGGGCCCAGCCUGUCACCACCUGCAGUCACCCCGAGUACAGUGACCCUGGGAGGCCAGGACUUCGUCGGCCGGGAGACAGGGGGCACGAUGCUGCCAGCCGCGGGGCAUGGCAUAGAGUUCGAGGCCCCUCCAGAGGCAGGGGGCGAGGCCACCGUGGGAGCCGUGGAGCCGGGCGGCGAGCAUGAGGGGGCGCCGUCCACAGCCUCGUUCCCUCAGACGGAAGCUCCCAGUGGGGCUGAGACCCCUGAUGAAGACCCACUCUUCCCCGGAGCCUCAGCCUCUUUCCCGCUGGCCCCCCGCGACGUGGGACUGACACCCCCCUCUGCUACCUUGGGGCAGGAGGACCGUAGCCCGCAGCCCCAGGAAGGGCAGGCCACCGAGGCCCAGUCCAGAAUACCCUGGGAUUCCGCACAGGUGAUCUGCAAAGACUGGAGCAACCUGGCUGGGAAAAACUACAUCAUCCUGAACAUGACCGAGAACAUAGACUGUGAGGUGUUCCGGCAGCACCGGGGGCUGCAGCUCCUGGCCCUGGUGGAGGAGGUGCUGCCCCGCCACGGCAGUGGCCACCACGGGGACUGGCACAUCUCCCUGAGCAAGCCCAGCGAGAAGGAGCAGCACCUGCUAAUGACCUUGGUGGGCGAGCAGGGGGUGGUGCCCACUCAAGAUGUCCUUUCCAUGCUGGGCGACAUUCGCAGGAACCUGGUGGAGAUCGGCAUCCAGAACUACUCCACCACCAGCAGCUGCCAGGCACGGGCCAGCCAGGUGCGCAGCGACUACGGGACACUCUUCGUGGUGCUGGUGGUUAUCGGCGCCAUCUGCGUCAUCAUCAUCGUGCUGGGCCUGCUCUAUAACUGCUGGCAGCGGCGGCUGCCCAAGCUCAAACACGUGUCCCACGGCGAGGAGCUGCGCUUCGUAGAGAACGGCUGCCACGACAACCCCACGCUGGACGUGGCCAGCGACAGCCAGUCGGAGAUGCAGGAGAAGCAACCCAGCCUGAACGGCGGCGGGGCCGUCAACGGCCCUGGGGGCUGGAGCGCGCUCAUGGGGGGCAAGCGGGACCCCGAGGACUCGGACGUGUUUGAGGAGGACACACACCUGUGAGGGUGCCCGCCCUCCGGCGGCUCUGGCCCGCAGUGAGCCCGCAGCCUUGCCCUCGCCCCGUGGGGACUGCGCCGGGACGAGCGGGGCGGACUCGGAGAGCACGGCCGCGUCUCCCCUCCCCUCCCGGCCCCGGCAGCUCUCCCGCAGCCCGGCCCUCGGUGCGGGGUCCUCCCGCUUCCCACAGACUCACAGAGCAGUCUCGGCACAGCCCUCCCCAUCCCCACCUGGCGCCCCUAGGAGCCGGUCCCGGAACGGCCCCGCUUCCCCGGCCAAGCGCCCCGGGACCCCCCUAUUAAAGCCGCCGGGAGAAAACGCCGGACCCAUCCA